UUUUUUUUUUCAAGAGAGAGGAAAUCCUAAGGAAAUGUGUGGGAUCACGCUCGGUGUUUCCAAGCAGCCUGGGCAUUAUCGACAAACUAUUUUCAUCGUGUGACGUUACUCCGCGGUGCACACCGGUCGUACGGUACAAAACACGGGUGUGGCGAAGAGCAAAAGAGGGGGGAAAGCGGGGAAGCGACCGUCGUUAGGUCAAAAUGUCGAUUCAGUACGAGGUGGAACAGCUGGCUGACAGCUACGGGGUUGCAGACUCGUUCCCCAAAGAUUUCGGCUACGGUGAAGAGGAGGCCGACAUCGAGGACAGCCCGGCGCCGUCCGACAGCAAGCCGAGGAUCCUGCUCAUGGGCUUGAGAAGAAGUGGCAAAUCAUCCAUACAGAAGGUGGUGUUCCACAAAAUGUCUCCCAACGAGACCUUGUUCCUGGAGAGCACCAAUAAAAUCUACAAGGACGACAUCUCCAGCAGCUCCUUUGUCAGCUUCCAGAUAUGGGACUUCCCCGGCCAGAUUGACUUCUUCGACCCCACAUUCGACUACGAGAUGAUCUUCAGAGGAACUGGGGCUUUGAUAUUUGUCAUCGAUGCUCAGGAUGAUUACGUGGAGGCCCUGGGAAGGCUUCACCUCACUGUGUCGCGGGCCUACCGAGUCAACCCAGAGAUCAAUUUUGAGGUGUUUAUCCAUAAAGUGGACGGCCUGUCAGACGAUCACAAGAUCGAGACGCAGAGAGACAUCCAUCAGAGAGCCAAUGACGACCUGGCAGACGCUAGCUUAGAAAAGCUGCAUCUCAGCUUUUACUUGACGAGUAUUUACGACCACUCCAUCUUCGAGGCCUUCAGCAAAGUGGUGCAGAAGCUCAUUCCCCAGCUUCCCACUCUGGAGAACCUCCUAAACAUCUUCAUUUCUAAUUCAGGGAUAGAGAAAGCCUUUCUGUUUGAUGUGGUCAGUAAGAUCUACAUUGCCACAGACAGCUCUCCUGUAGACAUGCAGUCCUAUGAACUGUGCUGUGACAUGAUCGAUGUGGUCAUUGACGUCUCCUGUAUCUACGGUCUGAGGGAGGACGGCAGCGGCAGUGCCUACGACAAGGAGUCCAUGGCCAUCAUCAAGCUCAACAACACCACUGUGCUGUACCUGAAAGAGGUCACCAAGUUCCUGGCCCUUGUCUGCAUCCUGCGAGAAGAAAGCUUCGAGCGCAAAGGAUUAAUAGACUACAACUUCCACUGUUUCCGGAAGGCCAUCCAUGAAGUAUUUGAGGUGGGUGUUUCCACCCAGCGUCCAGCGGGCUCCCAGGCAGUGGGCUCGCCCUGCACCAAGGUGGUUGCACUGAACGGCACGCCGCGCAGCACUGUCUAGACACUGAUGCAAAAUAAAAAAUAAAAAGAAGCAAAAAGAGGGUAGAGGAAAGGAAGGAUGAAGAAGGGCCAGGGAGCCGGUAGAGGAGAGACUACUAAACUGGGGCUCACCGGCGCGCAAAUCACAAUCCCUUGCUCCCAGCACCUAAAGUACAGAGAGACGGCUUGAGCCACAAGCGUGUGAGACAGUGAACACUGGAGCACAGCGGGGUCCGGCUUCUCAAGCUAUGAUAGAAGGGAAAUUCAAGCAUUUGGUUCAGUCGAUGCAAGGCACCGUGUUGACUGUGAGGAAGUCAAGAGAGUAAAACUGCACCUGGACAGGAAAAGGUUCAGGAUCUUUCUUUGGAUUUCCUAAAGCGGUCAAAGGCUGUGAUAAUUAGCUGCUGAUCCCUCUAAAUGAACAAUGUGAGAGGGAAAAACAAACCAUUGUGGUAACCUCUUGCGAUGGACAAACUGUGAUGUCAGUUUUCAGGAAUCUGUCUAGUGAAGAACCCACCCCGACCACUUCUGUGCUGAUUUAAAAAAACAAAAAAAAAAACAAAACAAAAAAGAUGGUGGAUGUGAACUGCUAGUCCUAACCCACACACGUUCAGAGAUGGCCUUAUGUAGAUAAAGCUUGACUGCAGUGCAAGCUUUCUCUCAACACCACUCACCUCACCCUACCUGAAUGCUGCUCAAAACUCGCUUUUUGGUUUCACUUGUGAAGGGAAACAAGGUUUUGUUAGCAGACUGAAAAGGGACUGUGCUGUCCAUCUAACUUGGUCUUGUGUGUGUGUGUGUAUGCAGGUAUAUUUGUAUGUAUGAGUGAGUGAAUGAGUGUUUGUGUGUGUCAAUGAAAGGUUUUGAUUAGGUCCCAGACUGGGCUGUUUGUCUGUACUGGUGAAGGAUCUUUACAGAAAGAGUAUAUGUCCUUCUCAAUAACAGCAGCUUAGCAGAAUUAAACUCUUUUCAAUCAGAAAUUAACUUUUCUGUGUGUGCUCCACUGGAAAUCAAACUUUUUGAUUGACUUCAUGAUGGGUUGUGAAAAUUAAGUUUGGCUGGAAAUUUGGAAAUGGUCUUUGCAAAAGCACUGCCAGAAAUAAUUAAGUGAUUCAGAAAAAAUAUGAAAAUAUGUCAUGAUUAAAACCUUAUUUAUAUUAAGAAAGAACUGUAUUAAGUCUGGUUGAGGUGCAGGACUGAUGUAGGGCUUCACACUCCAGAUUGUCUCUCUAAGACAUUUUGGGAUGAUGAUAUGAACUGGUUGAAACUUGCAUGUUUUUCCACCUACAGUUUCAGCCCUGCCCAAAAUUAUUAACCCAUGUUGUGUAUUUAGUUUGGCUCUUUUCAGCAGGAUUCACAAAAAACAAAAAAAAAUGGACUCAUUCCCAGCAUGCAUACAUCAGUGUGUUAUCAACUUGUAUCGUUCUCGACUAUAACACUGCUCAUUGUAUUUAAAGGCGAGAAGGUCAACAUGAAACUAACCAAGAUAAUUAAACAGAUAAUGGAGGAGAAAAAGACCAAAUUGAAUUACUUAUGCCAUUACAUGACACAUAUGAUGUUCAUGUCUGCAUUUUCUGUUCGUUUAUAUCAGGGGUGAGGUGUGGGAGCUAAAGACCAGGAACCUGAUUCAAGAAGCAGGAUUAACACAUUACCUUGAUAACUUUGCUGAGUGAAACGUCAGCGUUCCAGGUUUGAAGGUGUUUUGCGUCUUACUCGAAGUUAGUCAGGUAGUUUGAUGAAAUCGCUUCUUGAAACAGGCCCAAGAUCUUGACCGAGUCAUUAUCACCGGAAAACAAACACUUGCACAUCAGAACUGUGAUGGAUGAUUGAUUUGGUGUAUUGUGAUGCUAUACUAUGUGAAAUAAAUAAAAAUUUACAUUUUG